GUCUCCGACGUCACUGCCACUUUCACGAGGCUGCUGUUCUUCGCGCCGACCCUCCGCACGUCGCUACCAGAGAUGGAAGCCCCUGCUGCCGAUGCCAUCAUGUCGCCCGAAGGUGAGCUGGACGCGUACGAGCCGGAGCCUCUCAGGAAGCAGCCGGAGGUCCUGCCUUUGCUGGAGUUGGCCGGGGAGGCCGGUAACGGCCCCAACACUGACGGGUCACUUCCUUCGACACCUCCCCCAGCAGAACAGGAUGAGUUAUACCAGCAGUCGCUGGAGAUCAUCUCUCGGUACCUUCGGGAGCAGGCGACCGGCACCAAGGAGGCGAAGCCAAUGGGCAGGGCAGGAGCCGCCAGCAGGAAGGCUCUCGAGACCUUGCGCCGCGUGGGAGACGAAGUGCAGCGCAACCACCAGACGGCCUUCAGAGGGAUGCUUCGCAAGCUGGACAUCAAAACCGCAAACGACGUCAAAUCUUUGUCUGGAGUGAUGGUCCAUGUUUUCAGUUACGGCGUAACAAACUGGGGCAGGAUUGUGACUCUGAUUUCUUUCGGUGCCUUUGUGGCCAAACACCUGAAGAGCAUAAACCAAGAAAGCUGCAUCGAGCCAUUAGCAGAAAAUAUCACAAAUGUCCUUAUAAGGACAAAACGGGACUGGCUAGUGAAACAAAGAGGCUGGGAUGGUUUUGUGGAGUUCUUCCACCUGGAAGACCUGGAAAGCAGCAUCAGAAAUGUGCUGCUGGCUUUUGCAGGUGUCGCUGGAGUAGGAGCUGGUUUGGCCUAUCUAAUAAGAUAGGCUUGUAAGUGCGAUGAUUUACUUCUAACCAACAACGGCCACCAGAACCACAUUCACCUGUGAAAUCAAAUGGAUUUAUGAAGUUGGACUUAAACUACCCUAAGCUGUAUGUAAUUUGCAAGAGCAGCCUACCCAGAAAAGGAAGUGGCAAGAGGAAUGUGACUUUUACAAGAAUAAAUACAUGGGAAAAGUGGUCCCCUUUGAUUGAAGAGUCACUUUCUGAAAGAAGCAAAGUUCAGUUCAACAACAAGCAAACGGGCCAUGGAGGAGGACUUUUAGAUUUCAUGAAGACCGUAGGCUGAAAAGACAUUUCCUUGUUGAGACCAGGAGUGUGGCCAGUAGUUGGAUUAGUCAUAGAAUUCAUUAAAUAUGCUCACAAAUUCUUGUUUUCUUGAGGAAUAGAAAGUUCAAGUGUUCAGGACUUUCAUACCUGUUGUACCUUAGCUUCAUUUGAAUGAUUCUUAGUUUAUUAGCCUAGUAAUGACCACGAAUACUUGAUUUAGCUUCGUUUGAAUGAUUCUUAGUUUAUUAGUCUAGUGUA